ACCAGGGGGCCGUCCCUGGCCCGGCUGUGUGCCCUGGUGGACCUGCGUCUGGGUUGUUGCCGCUGCAGCAAGCGGCUCAAUGAGAGCACGUACGUCCUCUGUGGCGUGGAGCAUGACUGCCCCGGCGACAUCCUGCUGGCCCGCCUCAAGCAGGCCCCCAAGAGCAAGGUCUGGCGCAGGGUGGGCUGCCGGCCGGCCUUCCCCAGGCCGCUGUGCUACAAGGUCUGCCGCUACUACAGCCCCGGCCUGGGCUGCCGGCGCCACCGGAACCGGUGCACCUUUGCCUGCAGCCGCGAGGAGGCUCUGGUCUGGACCUUUGAGCGCGAGCAGGGCCUCCAGCGCGUGUGGCUGAAGGCGGAGGUGCGGGGCGGCAGGGCCCACGGAGGGGCAGGCGGGGUGGCUGAGGCCAUCCUCGCCGAGUUUGGCGGCCACUUUGAACUGCUCUGCUCCCUCUGCUUCAGGCGCUGCCCACCACGCGUCUGUCGCGUGGACUCCCAGGGGCAGUGCGCUGAGCAUGGAGCCUGCCCCUCCCUCCUGGCCCAUGUGAGCACUGAGGGCCGCCGCAAGCAGCAGUUCGUGGCAGUGAGGCCACGGCCUCGGGUGGGCCAGCCACCCGCCUUCUGCAGGUUUGUGGGGCGCGGGCAGCCGUGCUGGCACGGAGAGUCCCGCUGCCAGUUCGCGCACAGCGCCGUGGAGAUGGCCGUGUGGGAGGCCGAGCAGCUGGGUGGCCUCCAGCGGGGGGACCUUCUCACGCCCCCUGCCCCUGGUGGCGAUGGGCGUGCGGCCCCCCGCGGCCGGCUCCCUGGGGCCCAGCUAUACUGCCCCGCCUGCUUGGUCACCUGUCACUCUCAGGAGGCCUUCGAGAACCACUGCGCCUCCCCGGAGCACGCACAGAUGGUGGCCUUCGACCAGGCCGUGCCCUGGGAGCACCGCUCCCCGCCUCCGGGGCUCUCCGCGUUCAAGCUCUGCCCAAAGCCUGACCUCUGUGAAUAUGGGGACGCCUGCACCAAGGCGCACUCGGCGCAGGAGCUGCAGGAGUGGGUCCAGCGCACGCAGGCUGCGGAGCUGCGGGGACGGGCGGCCUGGCAGGACGGGCUGGUGCCCUACCAGGAACGGCUGCUGGCUGAGUACCGGCGCAGCAGCAGCGAGGUCCUCGUGCUGGCAGAGACCCUCGAGGGAGUGCACGUCACCUGCAACCAGCCCCUGAUGCACCAGGCCCAGGAGAGGAAGACCCAGUACAGCUGGACGUUUGCCGUCCACUCUGAGGAGCCCCUGCUGCAUGUGGCCCUGCUGAAGCAGGAGCCCGGAGCCGACUUCUCCCUGGUGGCUCCCUGCCUCCCGACCGGCCAGGUCUACGCACGAGGCGAACGCUUCCGCGUGCUCGGCUCCGCGGCCGACUUCCAGGUGGGGGUGCGUGUGCAGGCCGCCUCCUUCGGCGCCUUUGAGCAAUGGGUGGCCUUCGACUUUGGCUGCCGGCCAGUGCUGCUGCGAAAGCUGCGGCUGCAGCUGGGUCAGGGGCGUGGCCCGGGACCCUGCGACGGCCUGGCGCUCGGCCGCCCUGAGGAGCUUGAGCGCUGGCACUCCGGCAACCGCCAUGUGGUUCCUGUCGUGGAGCGGACGGCCGAGCAGACGGCCCUGAUGGCCAGGUACAAGGCCCCUGCCCUGGCCCUAGAGUUCAACCGCAGCGGCCUGGCCUCGGGCCCCAUCUCCCCAGCCAACUAUCGGCAGCGGAUGCACCAGUUUCUCUAUGAGGAGGAGGAAGCUCAGCAGCAGCUGGUGGCCAAGCUGACCCUGCGGGGCCAGGUGUCCCUGAAGACAGCCCUGCAGACGCCAGCGCUGAACAUGCUCUUUGCGCCUCCGGGAGCGUUGUACGCCGAGGUCCCCAUCCCGUCCUCCCUGACGCCAGACACAGACCAGGGCUUCCUGCUGGGCCGGGCGGUCCGCACGGCUCUGGUGGCCCCCGUGCCCGCACCUGGCCACACGGUGUUCGAGGUACACCUGGAGAGGCAGGCCAGCUCUGAGCAGGCGCUGUGGCUGCUGCUUCCGGCCCACUGCUGCUCAGCCCUGGGGCUGCAGCCCGAGACUCAGCUGGUCCUGGAGGUGCAGUUCCAGGUUGACCCGAUGACCUUCCGCCUCUGGCACCAGGCAGUGGACAAGCUGGCUGAGGUGCAGCUGGUGGUACCCGACCUUCCCGCCUGCGCCCUGCCCAGCCCUUGGUCCACUGCAUCCUUACAGCGUGGCAACCGCAAGCAGAGGCUGGCCGUGGCACUCAUCGCGGGCUGGGGUCCCGGGGAUGGGAGGCGUGUCCCCCCGCUGCUCAUCUACGGCCCCUUCGGCACCGGCAAGACCUACACGCUGGCCAUGGCCUCCCUGGAGGUCAUCCGGCGGCCUCAUACCAAGGUGCUCAUCUGCACCCACACCAACAGCGCUGCCGACAUCUACAUCCGGGAGUAUUUCCACAGCCACGUCAGCAGCGGCCACCCUGAGGCCACUCCUCUCCGUGUGAUGUACACGGACCGGCCACCGAGCCAGACGGACCCGGUCACACUGAAGUACUGCUGCCUGACCGACGACCGCCAGGCCUUCCGCCCGCCCACGUGUGCAGAGCUGGUGCGGCACCGCCUGGUGGUCGCCACCACCUCCCAGGCCCGUGAGCUCCGGGUGCCGGUUGGCUUCUUCUCCCACAUCCUCAUCGACGAGGCGGCCCAGAUGCUGGAGUGCGAGGCCCUCACCCCGCUGGCCUACGCCUCCCGCGACACCCGCCUCGUGCUGGCGGGCGACCACAUGCAGGUCACGCCCCGGCUGUUCAGCGUGGCCCGGGCCCGGGCGGCAGAGCGCACGCUGCUGCACCGUCUCUUCCUGCACUACCAGCGGGAGGCGCACGAGGUGGCCAGGCAGAGCCGCCUGGUCUUCCACGAGAACUACCGCUGCACAGAGGCCAUCGUCAGCUUCGUCUCACGGCACUUCUACGUGGCCAAGGGUGAACCCAUCCAUGCCAGGGGCAAGGUCCCGCGCCACCCCCGACACUACCCGCUCAUGUUCUGCCACGUGGCGGGCAGCCCCCAGCGGGACAUGUCCAUGGCGUCCUGGCUGAACCUGGCCGAGAUCGCCCAGGCCGUGGAGAAGGUGCAGGAGGCCUACAACACCUGGCCCCCCUGCUGGGGCAACCGUGAGCAGGGACACAUCUGUGUGGUUUCCCACGGGGCCCAGGUCAGCGCGCUGAGGCAGGAGCUGAGGCGGCGGGACCUAGGCCAGGUGUCUGUGGGCAGCUUUGAGAUCCUGCCAGGGCGGGAGUUCCGGGUGGUGGUGCUGAGCACGGUGCACACCUGCCAGAGCCUGCUCAGCCCCGGCGCGCCGGACCCUGGGUUCUUCACCGACGCCCGGGUGCUCAACACUGUCCUGACACGCGCCCAGUCCCAGCUGGUGGUGGUGGGGGACGCCGUGGCCCUCUGCUCCUGCGGGGCCUGUGGCAAGCUCUGGGAGAGCUUCAUCCGUGAGUGCGUGGAACAGUGCAGCGUCUGCCCCGAGGGUCUGUCCAUGGAGCAGAUAGAGCAGGGUGUGGCCCAGAGGCGGCGCUGGGCCCCCCGAGGCGCACAGGCUGAGGCCGCGGAGCCGAUGGGGCACCUGGCCAAGGAGCUGGCCGCUGUGGGGACGGCCACAGUGAAGGCAGAGCCAAGAGAAGGGGCUCUGAACUCGGCGUCCCGUGGCCUCACGGCAACCACAGUGCAGACGGAGGCCAGGGCAGCGCCUGCGGGAGACGCGGUGAAGGAGGAUGUGGAGCCUGGGACCGGCGCAGCAGGAGCCACCGCUGCGGAGGGCGUGGAGUCCACGGAGCCAGAGGACGCAGAGGCUGACUUCUGGCCGCUGGACGGGGAGCUCAACGCCGGCGACAGCAUCCUGCAGGAGCUUCUGGACGAGAGCCGGAAGGUGAUGGUGACCGUUGGGGAGGAUGGGCUGCUGGACACAGUCGCCACGCCUGAGUCCCCGCGCCAGGCCCGGCUGUAUGAGAACCUACCCCCGGGCACACUACGGAAGCUGCUGCGCUCGGCGCCAGGGCGGUACUGCCGCUGCACCUUCCUGCAGGAGACCUUCGAGCGGGCCUCCGCCAUCCCGCUGGACGAUGCCCCCUCGGGCCCCAUCCUGGUCAGGGGCCGCCUGGACUGUGGGAUGGCCUUCUCCGGCGACGAGGUGCUGGUGCAGCUCCUCUCGGGUGACGGGGCCCCCGAGGGGCGGCUUCGGGGCCGCGUGGUGGGCGUGCUGAAGAGACGGCGGUGCGAGUUGACGUUCGUGUGCCGCAUGGACGCCUGGGACCCACGCAUCAUGGUGCCCAUCAACGGCUCUGUCACCAAGAUCUUCGUGGCGGAGCUGAAGGACCCGUCACAGGUGCCCAUCUACAGCCUCCUCAAGGGCCGGCUGCAGCGUGUGGGGCUGGAGAGGCUCCCGGCCCAGGCCUGGCACAGCCGGCUCUUCUGGGUGCACAUCGUCCUGUGGCGAUCCGGCUUCUACUACCCGCUGGGCAUCGUCCGGGAGGUGCUGCCCGAGGCCAGCACCUGGGAGCAGGGCCUCCGCAUCCUCGGCCUGGAGUACGGCCUGAGGACGCCCCCGCUGGACCUGGCCCUUGCCGCCAAGGCGCUGCAGAAAUACCGCACGGAGCUUGGCCGGGCUGCCGGCCGCCGAGAGGACUGCCGCGCCUUCCUGACGUUCACUGUGGACCCCCAGGGCGCCUGCAACCUCGACGACGCCCUCAGCGUCCGGGACCUGGGCCCCAGGUGUGAGGUGGCCGUGCACAUCGCCGACGUGGCCAGCUUUGUGCCCCGGGAUGGGGCGCUGGACGUGGAGGCCCGAAGGCAGGGUGCGGUGUUCUACGCCCCUGACAGUGAGCCGGUGCCCAUGCUGCCGGCCGGCCUCUGCCAGGACAUACUCAGCCUCCUGCCGGGCCAGGACCGCCUGGCCCUCUCCCUGUUCCUCACUCUGGAGAAGGCCAGCGGCCGGCUGAAGAGUCUGCGCUUUGCACCCUCCGUGGUCUGCUCCGACCGCCAGCUGUCCUACGAGGAGGCGGAGGGGGUGAUCAGGCGGCACCCGGGCGCCGGCCACGAGCUGCCGGCCCGCCUGGACUCCGUGGACGCCUGCCUCGUGGCCGCAUGCUACUUCUCUCGGCAGCUGCGUCGUGGCCGCCUACAGUCCGACCGCUUCUAUGAGCAGCCAGAUGAGGAGAGUGUCCUGGGCUUCCGCGCGGCCCACCUCAUGGUGAAGGAGUACAUGAUCCAGUUUAACAGGCUCGCGGCUGAGUUCCUGGUGGGCAGCGAGUGCACGCGGGUGGUCACACCUCUGCGGCGGCAGCCGGCGCCCCGUGGCCAGCAGAUGGAGGCCGUGCGUGAAAAGCACGGGGAGCGGGCGCCCCUGUCACUGCACCUCAGCCACCACCUGUGCGGCGGCAGCGGUGACGGCGGCCCCCCUGACUUGUGGCUGCACCUCCUGGCCUCCCUCUGGAAGCAGGUCCAGUUUGCCGCCCGCACCCAUGACUAUGAGCAGAUGGUGGACCUGAUCGCCACGGACGACAUGCACCCGUUCCUGGCUCCUGCGGGCCGUGACUUCCGCAAGGCCCUGGAGCGCUCAGUGUUCGUCCGCAGUGGCCGGGGGGGCGACGGGCAGCGGGGCGGCCACUACUCCCUGCAGGUGGACUGGUACACCUGGGCCACCUCACCCAUCCGGAGGUACAUGGACCUGGUGUUGCAGCGGCAGAUCCUCCAGGUGCUGGGCUGCGGGGGCUCUGCCUACUCUGCCAGGGACAUCGACGGGCUCUGCCAGGACUUCAGCCUCCAGCACGCGCUGGCCCAGAGCUACCAGCGGCGGGCACGCAGCCUGCACCUGGCCGUGCAGCUCAAGGCCCAGGCUCUCGACAAGCUGGGCUUCGUCGUGGACGUGGAGGCAGGAUCCCGCUGCUUCCGGCUGCUCUUCCCCGGCAACCAGGAGACGCUGCCCGAUCCCUGCCCCGUCCCCUACGCCUCCCUGCAGCUGGCGGAGCAACCCCACGCCCUGGUGGGCCGGCUGGGCUUGCAGCUCCUGUGGCGGCGCCGUGUCUACUCCGUGUGGAGCUCCAGCCCUCCCUCUCCGCCGCCUGGCCCCGUGCUGGACCCACACACCUGGGCCGUCUCCGCCGCCCUGUGGAAGCAGCUGCUGGCGCUGGUGGAGCAGCAGCACUGGCCGGAGGCGGCUGCCCUCAUCCAGAAGAAGGGAGAGGAGCCCCGGCGGCGGGAGCUGGCGCAGGUGCAGCGGAGCCGCUGCGGCCACUUCCUGGAGGUGGCCCGGGAGCUGGGCAGCGGGGACACUCUGCAGGUGCAGCUCGGCGCCAGGCUGCAGCAUGGCUUCCUGGUUCCAAGCCUGCAGCUCUGGACCGUAGCGCCCAGCUUCAGCCUCUGCCUGGAGCAUGUGGAGCGGCCUGGAGACUGCUUCUUGGGCCACACGUACCAGGCCCCGCAGGACCGGUACCGCGACGUGGAUGAGUACGCCUGCGUGUGGGAGCCGUUCUGCGCCCUGGAAUCAGUCACCGGGGCGGUGGCCGAGAAUGACUCUGUCACGCUGCAGCACCUGAGCAUCUCGUGGAAUAAGUCUCGGACGCCGCAGGGGCAGCUGCAGGGCACCUUCUGCCUGGAGGCCGCCUUCCUGGAGGAGAACCAUGUCGACAUCAACUUCGGCGGCUGCUACCUCUGCAUCCGGCUGGAGGGGCUGUGGGCAUCCACGGCCAGCCCGCCCCCCGGACCCCACAGCCUCGGCCCCGGGCUGAACGUCGACCCCGGCACCUAUACCUGGGUGGCCCACGGGCUGACGGAUGACAGGGACCAGGAGCACCGGGCUGACCGGCAGGAGGCUCCUAGACGGGUACACUUCUUCGUCCACCGCAUGGGCAUGGAGAAGGUUCCAGAAGAGGUGCUGAGGCCGGGGACCCUGUUCACUGUCGAGCUGCUGCCCAAGCAGCUUCCUGAUCUCCGCAAGGAGGAAGCUGUGCGUGGGCUGGAUGAGGCCUCCCCCCUGGUCACCAGCAUUGCCCUGGGCUGGCCCACCCCGCAGCCCGUCUGCAGAGUGAUCCCCAGCAGGUUCCUGGAGCGCCAGACCUUUGACAUCCCCGGAGGCCGCCACAGGCUGAACCCCAGCCAGAACCGGGCUGUCAGGGAGGCUCUGGAGAAGCCUUUCAUGGUCAUUCAGGGCCCGCCAGGUACAGGGAAGACGGUCGUGGGCCUCCACAUCGUGUUCUGGUUUCAUAAAUCAAACCAGGAGCAAGUGCAGCUCGGAGCCCCCAACGCGGGGGAGAAUCGGCUGGGGGGUCCCUGCAUCUUAUAUUGCGGCCCCUCCAACAAGUCGGUGGAUGUCCUGGCAGGACUGCUCCUGAGAAGGCUGGAGCUGAAGCCCCUCCGUGUGUACAGCGAGCAGGCCGAGGCCAGCGACUUCCCAGCGCCGCACGUGGGCAGCAGGAACCUGCUCAGGAAGAGCCCCCGGGAGGGGAGGCCCAACCAGAGCCUCAGGAGCAUCACCCUGCACCACCGGAUCCGGCAGGCUGCCAACCCGUACUCAUCAGAAAUCAAGGCUUUUGACGCCCGGCUGCAGAGAGGGGAAGUCUUCUCCAGGGAGGACCUGGCUUUGUACAAGAAGGUCAUGUGGAAUGCUCGGAAGUUCGAGCUGGACCGGCACGAGGUCAUCGUCUGCACCUGCUCCUGCGCAGCCUCCCCCAGCCUGAAAACCCUGGACGUGAGGCAGAUCCUUGUUGACGAGGCGGGCAUGGCCACGGAGCCUGAAACCCUCAUCCCCCUGGUGCAGUUCCCACAGGCUGAGAAGGUGGUUCUCCUCGGAGACCACAAGCAGCUGCGGCCUGUGGUCAAGAAUGAGCAGCUGCAAAAUCUGGGUCUGGACCGGUCUCUGUUCGAGAGGUACCACGGGGAUGCACACAUGCUGGACACCCAGUACCGCAUGCAUGAGGGCAUUUGUGCCUUCCCCUCCAUGGCAUUCUACAAGAGCAGGCUGAAGACGUGGCAGGGCCUGAGGCGGCCUCCCAGUGUCCUAGGCCACGCCGGCAAGGAGAGCUGCCCUGUCAUCUUUGGCUACAUGCAGGGCCACGAGCGGAGGCUGCUGGUGUCCACGGACGAAGGGAAUGAGAACUCCAAGGCCAACCUGGAGGAGGUGGCUGAGGUGGUCCGCAUCACCAAGCAGCUGACCCUGGGGAGGACAGUGGAACCCCAGGACCUCGCCAUCCUCACACCCUACAACGCGCAGGCCUCUGAAAUCAGCAAGGCGCUUCUGCGAGAGGGCAUCGCCGGGGUGCUCGUGUCUUCCAUCACCAAGAGCCAGGGGAGCGAGUGGCGUUACGUGCUGGUGAGCACCGUCCGCACCUGCGCCAAGAGCGACCUGGACCAGCGGCCGACCAAGAGCUGGCUCAAGAAGUUCCUGGGCUUUGUUGUGGACCCCAACCAAGUGAACGUGGCCUUCACGCGGGCACAGGAGGGGCUCUGCCUGAUCGGAGACCACCUCCUCCUGCGCUGCUGCCCCCUCUGGCGUAGCCUCCUGGACUUCUGCGAGGAUCAGCAGAGCCUUGUGCCUGCCAGCCAGGUGCGCGUCCGGAGAAGGCCAGCUGUGCCUUCCUGAAGAGCCCUCCCCACCAGCACUGUUCCAAGACUGGGAGGGAAAGCCCAGCACCCCAGCCCGCCACCUCGCCACCUGCUCAUCAGCCUGCCUGUCUCCGUGGGGCGGGAAGUGGGCGCACUUGGGAGGAGAAAAGGGGACGGCCGGUCUCCACACCCCUGCUUCUCCUGGACAUCGGGGACAGGACCACCUCUCAGGGUGGCCAAGAAGAGUUUCCUUGGGACCAGCGCAAAGAAGUUCUGCCUUCACUGGGAAGUCUCAGAACCAGGAAGGAAACCCUGUGGAGACUGCCCUUUGACCUUUGGACACCAUCUGUGAUUACCCUGGAUAGUGUCUGUGGAGUUCAAAUUUAUUUUCUAUUUAAAUAAAGAGCCAGCAUCCUGCCGGGCGCAGUGGCUCA